CUUCUGCUUCUUCAAAAUCUCUCUAUAAACCAAAUCAAUAGUGCAGAAAAAUCCUGUCAUUACUCCUUUGAUUUGUUUAGUCUUCUUCCUUUUCAUUGGAUAUUGGAUUGAAGCAUAUCAGCAAUCUUCUCUACUUAUUUGGAAUGGCAGGAAUAAUGGCAAAGCCGGAGGCAAAAGGACGGAUGAUGGCAAGCAUAAUAUGCUGGUUUCUAGGAAUUGGGUGUCUUCUUGCUUGGAACAGUAUGUUGACAAUACAAGAUUACUAUCAAUACUUGUUCCCGAAUUAUCAUUCGGCGAGAGUGCUCCCAAUUGUUUAUUUUCCUGUUGUUUUGACAACCACUGCUACACUAGCAUACUAUGAAGCAACAUUGAACACAAGAAAACGAAUUAUUUCUGGCUUUCUACUUCUCUUUAUGAGUAACGCUGCAAUUAUCAUUUUGGACUUAGCAACAUCUGGAGGUGGUGGACUUGUGAGGUUCAUCGCUCUCUGCUUAAUUGUGGUGAUUGUUGCAAUUGCGGAGGGGACACUGGAAGGUGGGCUGUUUGGAGAUCUUUCCUUCAUGUGUCCUGAGUUCAUGCAGACUUUUUUGAGUGGGAUGGCUGCCUCAGGGCUUCUAACGUCGUCUUUGAGGUUAAUAACAAAAGCAGCCUUUGAAAAUACCAAGAGUGGUCUUCGCAACGGGGCAAUGGUGUUCCUCUCAAUUGCCACAUCUUUUAUGCUGUUAUGUGUUUUCCUCUAUGCAUUUGUGUUCGCGAAACUACCAAUUGUAAAGUACUAUAGGUCCAAGGCUGCUUCAGAAGGGUCAAAAACAGUCGCAGCUGAUUUGGCUGCAGCUGGCAUGGAAAUGCAGCAAAUUGGAAUAACUGAUGAGGAGGGUGGCCAUAAACAACUGGAACGCCUGAGCACCAAACAGUUGCUAGCUCAGAACAUUGACCUUACAGUGGCUGUAAUUCUAACAUAUGUACUGACAUUGUCGAUUUUCCCCGGGUUCAUAUCUGAAGACACAGGGAAACACAGCUUGGGUUCCUGGUACGCUGUUGUUUUGAUUACAGUGUUUAAUCUUCUAGAUCUCAUUGGAAGAUAUAUUCCAGUCUCAGAAACCAUAUUAUCAAGAAAGGGCCUCGUGGUUGCAGCGAUGUGUCGUUACUUACUCAUCCCGUGCUUCUAUUUUACGGCGAGAUAUGGAAGCCAAGGUUGGAUGAUAUUUUUAACAGGGUUCUUAGGAUUAAGUAACGGAUAUCUCACAGUUUGCGUCUUUGCAGUAUUACCCCAGGGUUACAAGGGUCCAGAGAAAAAUGCGUUGGGAAAUCUGUUUGCGCUGUUCCUGCUUAUAGGCGUUACUCUUGGUGCAACACUUGAUUGGAUGUGGCUCAUUGGUAAAGGCUGGUGAUUUUCAUUUUAUUUUGUUUGAAUCCUCUCAAAACCAAACUGGAUGACAGUAACAACCUAUAUACUAUGUUUGUACUAAGAUUUUUGUUCUGGCUGAUUAAUGAAUGUUGAAUCUCGAUUGU